AUGGGGAAUGUCUGUGUAAUGUGUUUACAGUCUCCAGGUGCUGUGUCGGCUACUUGUCUUUCCAGGGCUAUUGGCUGUACUUUGAACUGUAGUUGCCAAAGUUUCAAACCUGAGAAAAUAAACCACCGUCAGUGUGAGCAGUGCAAACAUGGAUGGGUAGCCCAUGCUCUAAGUAAGCUAAGGAUCCCCCCUGUGUAUCCAACAAGCCAGGUAGAGAUUGUCCAGUCCAAUGUGGUGUUUGAUAUUAGCAGCCUCAUGCUCUAUGGGACCCAGGCCAUCCCGGUUCGCCUGAAAAUCUUACUCGACCGACUCUUCAGUGUGUUGAAGCAAGAUGAGGUUCUCCAGAUCCUCCAUGCCUUGGACUGGACCCUUCAGGAUUACAUCCGUGGAUAUGUGCUGCAGGAUGCAUCAGGAAAGGUGCUGGAUCACUGGAGCAUCAUGACCAGUGAGGAGGAAGUGGCCACCUUGCAACAGUUUCUUCGUUUUGGAGAGACCAAGUCCAUAGUUGAACUCAUGGCAAUUCAAGAGAAAGAAGAGCAAUCCAUCAUCAUACCACCUUCCACAGCGAAUGUGGAUAUCAGGGCUUUCAUUGAGGGCUGCAGCCACAGGAGUUCUAAUCUCCCCACUCCUGUGGACAAAGGAAACCCCAGCAGUAUACACCCCUUUGAGAACUUCAUAAGCAACAUGACUUUCAUGCUGCCUUUCCAGUUCUUCAAUCCUCUGCCUCCUGCACUUAUAGGGUCACUGCCUGAUCAAUAUAUGGUGGAGCAGGGUCAGGACCAAAGUCAGGACCCCAAACAGGAAAUCCAUGGGCCUUUCCCUGAUAGCUUCUUAACUUCCAGUUCCACACCAUUUCAGGUUGACAAAGAUCAGUGUUUAAACUGCCCAAAUGCUGUUACUAGAAAAGAAGACAGUACCCAUUUAAGUGACUCCAGCUCAUUCAACAUUGUAGCUAAGCUUGAAAGGACACAGUUGUCCCCCGAGGCCAAAGUGAAGCCUGAGAGGAAUAGCCUCAGCACAAAGAAAGGCCGGGUAUUCUGCACCGCGUGUGAGAAGACCUUCUAUGACAAAGGCACCCUCAAGAUCCACUACAACGCUGUCCACCUGAAGAUCAAGCAUAAGUGCACCAUCGAAGGCUGUAACAUGGUGUUCAGCUCCCUAAGGAGCCGGAACCGCCACAGUGCCAACCCCAACCCUCGGCUGCACAUGCCAAUGAACAGAAAUAACCGAGACAAAGAUCUCAGGAACAGCCUGAACCUGGCAAGCUCUGAGAACUACAAGCGCCCAGGUUUCACAGUGACAUCACCAGACUGUAGGCCUCUCCCCAGCUACCCUGGUUCAGGGGAGGAUUCCAGAAGCCAACCAGCUUUCCCAAACAUUGUACAAAAUGGUGUGCUUUUUCCCAACCUGAAGACAGUCCAGCCAGUCCUUCCUUUCUACCGCAGUCCAGCCACGCCCGCUGAGCUGGCAAACACACCUGGGAUACUGCCUUCCCUCCCUCUGUUGUCCUCUUCAAUCCCAGAACAGCUGGUUUCAAACGAAAUGACAUUCGAUGCCCUUCCCAAGAAGAAAUCCCGCAAGUCCAGUAUGCCUAUCAAAAUAGAGAAGGAAGCUGUGGAAAUAGCUGAGAAGAGGCACAACCUCAGCUCAGAUGAAGACAUGCCCUUGCAGGUGGUCAGUGAAGAUGAGCCGGAGGCCUGCAGCCCUCAGUCAGACAGAGCAUUUGAGGAGCAGCACAUGCAGUCAGGAAACUUAGGGAAGCCUCUCCCUGAAGGAGAGAGGCCCUGCCAUCUCGAAUCAGUGAUUGAAUCCAGUAGAGUCAUCAGCCCAAGCCCUGAGCAGACCACACACAACUCAGAGAGAGGGACUGAACAGACUCCGGCGUUGAUCAUGGUGCCAAGAGAAGUGGAGGAUGGUGGCCGUGAACAUCACUUUUCACCUGGGAUGGAGCCCCAAGUUCCUUUUUCUGACUACAUGGAACUGCAGCAACGCCUGCUGGCUGGGGGACUCUUCAGUGCUUUGUCCAACAGGGGAAUGGCUUUUCCUUGUCUCGAAGAGUCUAAAGAACUGGAGCACAUGGGUCGGCAUGCAUUAAUGAGGCAGAAGGAAGAAAAUCACUUCCAGUGUGACAUCUGCAAGAAGACCUUUAAAAAUGCUUGCAGUGUGAAAAUGCACCACAAGAAUAUACAUGCCAAAGAGACGCACACAUGCACGGUGGAGGGCUGCAAUGCUACCUUCCCUUCCCGCAGGAGCAGAGACAGACACAGUUCAAACCUAAACCUCCACCAAAAAGUGUUGAACCAAGAAGCACUGGAGAGCAGUGGAGACCAUUUCCGUGCAGCUUACCUUCUGAAAGAUGUGGCUAAGGAGGCCUAUCAGGAUGUGGCUUUCCCACAGCAAGCCUCCCAGACAUCUGUCAUCUUCAAGGGAACGAGUCGAAUGGGCAGUCUGGUUUACCCAAUAACCCAGGUCCAUGGUGCCAGCCUGGAGAGCUACACCUCUGGCCCCCUGAGCGAGGGAACCAUCCUGGAUUUGAGCACUACCUCGAGCAUGAAGUCGGAGAGCAGCAGCCAUUCCUCCUGGGACUCUGAUGGGGCAAGUGAGGAGGGCACCGUGCUCAUGGAGGACAGCGAUGGGAACUGUGAAGGGCCGAGCCUUGUCCCUGGGGAGGAUGAGUACCCCAUUUGUGUCCUGAUGGAGAAGGCCGACCAGAGCCUUGCCAGCCUGCACUCUGGGUUGCCCAUAACCUGUCACCUCUGCCAAAAGACAUACAGUAACAAAGGGACAUUUAGGGCCCACUACAAAACUGUGCACCUCCGCCAGCUCCACAAAUGCAAAGUGCCAGGCUGCAACACCAUGUUUUCAUCUGUUCGCAGUCGAAACAGACAUAGCCAGAAUCCCAACCUGCACAAAAGCCUGGUCUCGUCUCCAGCUCACCUCCAGUAAUAAGAUGGCAGACCAAGUACGCUCUGAUAAGCCUUUGUCAUGAUUCAGGAAUAAGGUAGUCCAAAGAAA